AUGGAGCUAGUCAGCGAGUUCCUUGCUGCCCCUGCAGAUGCCGGUUGUCUGGUCAUGGAGUUUCCCACCUUGCCUCCCAAGCCGGUGGUGUUCGUGCCCUUGCUGAGGCGGGCCGGUGGCGUCCUAGCUGCCAUCCCCAUAGGUGCCGUGGACGAUACUCUGCUAGCCGCUGGUCUUGGCGGGGGCCCCGAGCUCCUAGUGGGCCCUUCUUGUCAGAUUUCCGCGGGCCUUGCCGAGGAGGACGAGGAAGGAGUUUUGCGUGCAACAGGGGAGUCCACUGCUGUCCUGGUUGUGGAUUUUUCGGAAGAGGUCGUGCAGCAUUUGUCUCGGUACGACCCUGAAUGGUUGGUCACCUUGACCGGCGAGAGAAUGGCUUUCUACUCGGCCGCCGAAGAGCCCGAUAUGGAUGCCCCCGAGCUGCGGGAGCCCGGUCCCAAGCGGAAGGCUUCAACCAAGCCCAAACGGCCCACGACCUCACAGCUGGCCGAACAGAUGGAGACAAUGCUGUCUAUGCUUCCGGCUUUAGCCCAGCAGGUCCAGGAGAUAAGUUCCCGACAAAAGGCUCUGGAGGUCAAGGCAUCCGCUCCCCCGUCCGCUCCCUCAGCACCGGGAGUUAUGCCUGCACAUCGCGCUUCGUUCCCCAUAGGCCCGAGCCCUGCCCUGCCGAAUCCUUUGGGUACCUUAAGAGGUUUAGUGGGGAACCCGCCGAAAGUCCGCGCCCCUGUGCCUCCCCCUCCGGUCCCUCUUGCUUCAGAGCAGGCCCUCCUCGACGAAGAGGUGGUGCAGGAUCCCGAGACCGGGGCACUCGUAGUGCCGACUUCAGCCAGCCCCUUCGAGGAUGCCAUGUUGAGACAGAGCCAGGUGUUGGGGACUCUUGUGUCGCAUCUGGUGGCACAGGCCGACUCAGGAGACUCUUCUUUGGGGCCCACCUCCGGGGCUCUUUUGGGGACCCGGGGAGCCACGAAGCGGGAGAAGUUGCAGGAGCAGCUUGCGGCCAGGACUGGGGGCUUCUUCCUUCAGGUGAGCCAGCAGGCCUUGAGACGUUUAUCCCCUUCCGAACCGGCUCCCCUUUCGAGGGAAGAUCUUUUGACCCGCCGCCCGCUCUUUACUGCUUAUGCCGAAAGGUUUGGAGGCUUUGGUCACCAGAGGUCCUUGGGGAUAGUCUUUUGGCUUCUGUCAAACAUAGCCGACACCCUGGCUGCUGGCGAUGUUCUGGGGGCCGAGGAGCUGGUGGCACUCAGCCUGGUUGCGGUAGAGCAGGCUGCUCAAGAUGGAGGGGCCUGGGACAUAGGGUACCUGCUAUGCCUCCUGGAGGCUUGGGCCACUACCACUCUGAGUUACGUCCGGGAGAUCGAUCUGAUUCAAAGCCGGCGAGCAGAAACCAUAGGACCCGCCUGCGACAGCCAAGCCUCGCCGACCCGCUUCCCGAAGAAACCCAAAGAUUCGUCUCCUGCCUGA